AUGGAGCAGGUGCAGGAGGAGUUGCGGCGGGAGCGCGAGCUGCUGCGCAGCACGGAGACGGUGGCGGAGGCGGAGUGGCUGCGGCGCGUGGCGGCGGAGCGCGCCAACGCCGCCCUGCAGCGCGACGUGGAGCGCGCGCAGCUAGAUGCGGACGAGCUCUGGAGCGCGCUCGAAGCGUUCCGCGCGGAGGGCGCGGGCGUCGCGGAGCAGCUGCGCGUGCAGAUGGAGGCGGCGGUGCGCGAGGCGGCGGAGCGCGAGCGCGCGCACGGCGCGGCCAUGGCGCGCGUGGACGAGGAGGUGGAGCGCCUGGCGGAAGAGGCGGAGGCGGCGGCGGAGCGCGAGGAGCUGGCGGCGCAGCUGAUCGACCGCCUUAAGGACCACAACGCGCUGCUCGCGCGCCAGCUCGCGGCCAUGGCGAAGCGCGCGGGCGCGGGGGGUGGCGCGCGCGCGGGGGCGGAGAGCGGGACGGAGGCGGAGGAGGAUAACUUCGCGUUUGAGGCGAGCGGGAAGGCGGCGCGCGGGGGGCAGGGCGGGGAGGGGAGCGGGGAGGGGGAGAGCGAGGGGGAGAGUGUGGGGGAGAGCGGGGACGCGGAGAGUGUGAGUCAGUCGUAUGAGGAGGGCGAGGCGUCUCCGCUUCUCCAGGCGCAGACGCGCAGGCAGGGCGCGGGACUGAAUAAUUUUGAAACGGGCAGCAUGGCGGGCAGCAGUAUAACGGGCAGCAGUAUAACGGGCAGUAGCGUCCUGGGUAGCACAAUAAGGCAGCGGACAGGGUGGAUAGGCCCGGGGGAAGGCGCGGGGAGAAUGGGCGCAGAUAACCGAGCAGUGGGGGGGAAUGAGCGCACAGGUGGCGCGUAUGGGCUGGCAGGGGAGGGGGAAAGCCCUAGCGGGUUAGCAGGCACGUCCCCCACACUCUCUUUCACUCCCCCCCCGCAGCACUCUCCCCUGCACCACCAGUAUCCAUACCAGCAGCAACCGUCGCGCAUGGCAGGGGGAGACGAGGAAGACGAGGAGGGAGAGGAGGACGAGCUGGGCGAGGAGGGCGCGGAGGAAGAGGAAGAGGAGGGACUUGCGACAGAUUCGGAGUUUUCUUUCUCAGUGCCCGUCCCACGCAGCGGAGCGUGGCGGGCGGCUAAGGAGAUCGCGUCUCUCUACUACACAGCGGGAGGUGCGGGAGACGAGGACUUGGAGCGGGAGGAGGAGGAGGCGGAGUUUGCUUUGCUGCAGGAGGAGAACGAGCUGCUGGCAGAGGAGGUAGCGCGGUUGCAGGAGCAGGAAGCUGUGAGAGGGGGCGAGGAGGAGGGGAAGAGCGACGAGGAGGAGGAAUUGAAGGAGGAAGGCGACGAGAUUGCAGAGAUGAAGGGGAGGAAGCAGCGGGGGAGCAUGAAGGGGAGAGGGAGAGGGGAGAGAGGCGAGUCGUGUGCAUCCUCCACCACCGAUCGCUCCGACAGCCAUCUGCUGCUCUCUGGCGCCACUCCUAUAGCUAGCAGCGGUGCCCUGCAGGUGCGGGCAGCUGUAGGACUGAAAGAACUCCAGGCGAGCCGGGACGCGCUGCGGAUCGCCAUGAGAGGAGUCAGAGAGAGAGCCGCUCUAGCAGCAGAGGCACAGCAGAGAGUGGCGGGGAGUCAGGGGCGGAGAGGGAAGGUGGGGAGGAAGGCGGAAGCGGGAGCAGUGGGGGAGAUGUUGGCAGAGGUGGAGGAGGAGGUGGUUGAGGGGCAGAGUCUUGUGGAGCGGGCUGAGAGGAUCGUGGCGAGAAUGGCUGCGUUGGAAAGUAAGGGAGCGGGUGUGGGGAAGAAGAUGGAGGGGAAGAGGAAGAGACUGGCUGAGCUGGAGGCGAGGCUGGGGCUGGCUCCUAGGAGAGUCGCGGAUCUGCUCGGCGCAAUCCAAGCGCCUGCGCCCGCCUUCUCCUCCGCCAGUCAGCGCAUCGACUCCGCUCCGCCGCAGCAUCUGCCGGCUGACCCUGCUAGCGCCACCCCGGCGGAAGGAUCGGACGGCGCACGCACCGCUCCGUUGGCGGCUUGCGAAAGCGGCGAUGAAGAGGACGAUCCGAUUUUAGCGCGGCGUGAGGCGGAUCUCGCGCCGGACAGAGCGCGGAGCGCGCCCGACGAGGAUCCAAUACCGUCCGACGCAGAUGGCGGUGGGGAAGCGGCGAGCGCCGUGAAUGGAGGGCGUAAGCAUCAACUCUACCAUCUCACACCCGCUCCCCUUCCGUGGAUUGGCAACUUCUCUCGGCUGCAGCAGCUGCACACUCUGCUGCCCUACGUCCCUAUUUCCAACCCUAAGCUCAGUCCAGCCAUUUACGAGUCCGUGCUGGUGGAGAUGCUAGUCUCCCCGCACUCCUCCUACCAUCGCCAGCUGCCCCCCACAUUAGCUCGCUGGCCGCCUGCCCUCUACAACCUGGGGGCCGUCAUUGCUGCCGCGGAGAAGCGCCUGCUGCAGCAUGGCAGCGCCAUACAGCUGCAGCUCCUGGCGGGCCUGUAUGUGCGCAACAGAGACUUCAUCGAGGCUCUUGACGUCUAUUUACGCAUUCUGGUGGCGCAGCACAGGGCACACCACACUGAUUUGAACGCUUCCACCAGGCUAACGGAGUCAAAUGGGCUAACGGAUUCAAAUGGGCACACGGCUAGCCAUGCUCAGGCGCCUGCUGCUGCUGACAUGGAUGGGGAUUCUCAAGGGCGCGUGACAAGCCAUGCUGACGUGGAUGGAGAACAGUUGCAUUCACCAGUGAAAUCACCUGUUAAUGGCAAGAUAGCAGGCAAAGACGCGGCAGGCAGAGAGACAGCUCACAAAGAAAGCAUCCAUACAAGGGCUGACAGUCCAUUCUCGGAAGACCACCGCCGAUACCCAGCGCAAGAAUCCACUGUCUCAUCACCUAACGAGUCAUUAACAAGUGCAAAAUGGCCGGGACCCGAUGUUUUUGAGUUUAUUCGAGAGCACAGGCUAGUGCGCCACCUCCUCUCUCCCGCCCCCGACCACCACCACCGCCUCCCCUCCCUCUUCCUCAUCCACCCGCGCCGUGCCGCUGCCCUCCUCGCCGACCACAUCGCUGUCGCGCCGCCCGAAACCGUCGUCCGCCAGCUGCUGGGCGUAGAUUCGCCGGCCGAGAUCACCGUUGCGCGCCAGCUGUCGCCGCGUGGUUCGGCAGUAGAGCUGGUGGAUGGAGCAGUAAAUGGGACUGGUGAUGGGGAAGGAAGUGAAGUGGUGCUGACCGGGAGAGAGAGGCGGAUGGCGCUUCAUUGCUACCUGCGUGAGGUGUUUGAGCGAAUGCCAGAGGUGGCAUCAGCGUUUCAUCCCAUGCAGGUUGAGCUAUAUGCAGACUUUGACCGCCGCCUGCUGCUGCCCUUCCUGCAAUCAUCCGACCACUACCCCCUGCAAGACGCUCUAAACCUGUGUGUGCAAAGGGGCCUGGUGGAGGAGCAGGUGUUUCUGCUUACACGCAUGGGUGAUUACAAAGAAGCGCUAUCACUCCUGCUGGACCGACUCAAGGAUAUGAACCGAGCAAUAAUACUGGCCAGGGAGGUGAAAGAACAGUACGUGUGGAAUUUCCUCCUGAAACGAUCUGCCACAAACCCGCGCUUGGUGGCAGCACUCAUGGAGCAAGCCACAGACAUCUUCUCUCCCAAUCAGCUGCUUGCUGGAGUCGCGCCAAACACUCACCUAAAAGAGUUGCGGCAGCAUCUGCUGGCAGUACUGGCAGCGUCAGCAACAGAGGUGUCUCUCCGCCAGGGCUGCAUUGCCCUCUUGCAAUCCGAGUGCAUCGACCUCCUCUGCCUCUUCAUCCUCCAAUCGCAGUUCGCCGCCCGCUUCUCCUCCACCUCCGCUGCACCACGCCACCUUCCCCUUCUCCCCCUACCAUCUUCCACUGCAACAGCAACAAGCACGCUGCUUUCUCCAUAUACUUCCUCUCAGGCCACCUCUGGGUUGUUUUGUGGUGGAGUGGCUGGGACGUCACUUCUCAGUCUGUAUUCCCGCAAGCCGUUUCGAAGGAAGGCGUUUAUUGGAGAAACUGCUGGCAGGGGUAUCGAAGGUGAUGGGAGUGAUUUGGUGGGGAGGGCAGGACAGGAGGAGGGCAAGAAGGGGAGUGGGGAGAGGGAGGAGAUGGAGAGGAGGCGGAAGGAGAAAGAAGAGGCGAGAGCUGUGGCUCUGGCGUUUCGACAGCUGGAAAUGGGGGAAGCUGGUGAUCAUGGAAGGAUAAAGGAGAGAGGAGGCGUGGAGAGAGCUGUGAGAAGGGGAGGAGGAGGGGGGAGAUUGAAUGGGCUGCAAGGAGCUGUUGGUUCUGACAGUUUUCUUCCCUCCAUAUCUCAAGUAGAGGACGAGGAAGAGGAUGAGGAUGAGGAUGAGGAGAGAGAGAGUGAUGGGGAGGAAGAGGAGGAUGAGGUUCUGUGGAGUGAGCAGUGGUCGUCUGCCCCACUCUUCCCUGCAUCUGGAGGGCUGAAAAUAGCAACAAUUGCUGUUGAAGCUGGUGAGGGUUACAGGGGUGAUAGCAGAACAGGUAGUAGCCAGGUUGAUGGGGGGAAAGGGGGGAUGGGGGAGAGAGGUAGAGGAGGACUGCUUAGAGCCUGGAGCGAGGUGUUUGAGGGAGAGAGAGGGGGGAUUGUGGGGAGCAAGGACGGGCUGAGACGGGCAGGAAGUGAAGUGCCAAGAGGGAAAGAGGAAGGCAUGGGUGAGUUUGAUGCGCAGAGAGGGGAAGUUGUGAGGUUGGAGGGAAGGCAAGAGGUGCAGGGUAACAAGUUGAAGAGGAGGGAGGUUGAGAAACAGGAGUUGCUGGGUGGGGGUCCUCCCCGGUGCUGCCUGUGUCUAGAUGCACUGCAUCUGCACCAGCAGGAAAUUGCGUGUUUUUUCUGCAUGCAUGCAUACCAUGUGCCAUGUUUGGAGGUAGCAUUGAAGCUGGGAGGAAGGGAGAGUGAUGGUGAAAUGGGAGGGGCUAAGGUGGAAGGAAAAAAUGCUCGACUGACAGAGAAGCCUAUGGACAGCACUGAGAAGGCUGGAACCAGAGCACCGCUGGACAAGGAUUUCGACCUAGACGACCUGGAGGUCAAAUUGGCAGAGCUGGAGGCGGAGUUACUAGAGAUAAAUGCCAACGCUGAGAAGCUUCUACGAAGCCGGAAUGAGCUGAAUGAAUUGCAGCUCGUCCUUGAAAAGGUGGAUGCUGCUGUCCACCAGAGGGAGUUUGAAGAAGCAAGCUUGGGCCGGGAAAUAACGUCUGACACUGCACUGUUAUUGGAGCAGGAAAUGGUCUCAGAACCUGGCAAGCAGAUGCGCCUUGGAUUCGUUACAGGGCUUGUCCCUAAGGUCAAGGCUGCAACAUUUGAGAGGAUUUUGUUUCGAGCAACUCGUGGAAACAUGUACCUUAAGCAGGAGGAGCUUGACGAGCCAGUAGUGGAUCCUGCAACAGGAGAAGAAGUGGAGAAGGUGGUCUUCGUUGUGUUCUUUGCUGGUGAGCGAGCUCGGACCAAGAUCAUGAAAAUCUGUGAGGCAUUUGGUGCAAAUCGUUACCCGUUUCCAGAGGACCCACAGAAACAGAGGCAAAUGCAUUCUGAGGUGAUUGCACGGUUAUCAGAGUUGCAGACCACCAUUGAUGCAGGCAACAGACACAGAGAUAGUUUGCUGAACAACAUAAGCUACCAGAUCGAAAACUGGGCAAGCCUGGUUCGGAGGGAAAAGGCUAUAUACCACAUAUUGAACCAGCUGUCCAUUGACGUCACUCGCAAGUGCCUUUUGGCUGAGGCAUGGUGCCCCGUGUAUGCGAAGUCAGAGAUUCAAGAUGCUCUUCAUCGUGCAGUGACCAUGAGCAAGGCAGAUGUGGGUACUAUCUUUCAGACGAUUCGGUCUGGCGAGUCCCCUCCGACAUACUUUAAGACCAACAAGUUCACUGGUGCUUUUCAAGGGAUCAUCGAUGCCUACGGCAUGGCACGAUACCGGGAGGCCAACCCUGGGGUUUUCACCAUCAUCACCUUUCCGUUCCUCUUUGCUGUCAUGUUUGGUGACUGGGGUCAUGGCAUCCUGAUGCUCCUUGCAUCCCUUUGGCUUGUCAAGAACGAGAGGAAGUUGGGCUCCCAGAAACUUGGUGACAUUAUGGAGAUGGUGUAUGGAGGCCGCUACCUCAUCCUGCUUAUGUCUAUUUUCUCCAUCUACACUGGCUUCAUUUACAACGAGUUCUUCGCUGUCGCCUUCGAUUUUGCCAUAUUUGGUGGCUCGGCAUACACUUGUCGCACCCCAGACUGCGGUGAUGCAGCCUCUGCUGGUUUGGUGAAGACAGGCAACACGUACCUGUUUGGAGUGGACCCUCGGUGGAAGGGCUCUCGCACAGAGCUGCCCUUCUUGAACUCACUCAAGAUGAAGAUGAGCAUUGUGCUGGGAGUCACUCACAUGUUUCUGGGCCUUGCUCUCAGCCUCUGCAACGCCCUCUUCUUUGACCUGCCACUCAACAUUUGGUACGAGUUCAUCCCACAGGUCCUAUUCUUGGCUUCUUUGUUUGGCUAUCUCUCGCUGCUCAUCAUAGUCAAGUGGGUCACAGCCUCCCAAGCUGAUCUUUACCAUGUCAUGAUCUACAUGUUCCUUAACCCCACUGAGCCACUGGGAGAGAACGAGCUCUUUUGGGGGCAAGGAACACUUCAGAUCGUUUUGCUGCUUAUUGCUCUCAUCUCGGUUCCAUGGAUGCUUUUUCCAAAACCUCUGAUUCUACGUGCUGAGCACAUAAAGAAGCGUCAGGGGCGAGCGUACGCAGCACUGAACUCAGACAAUGAACUGUAUGAGAUGGAGGCGUUGCACCCAGGGGAGGAGGGCCAAUUGCACCAUCAUCAGCAUGAGGAGGAGUUUGACUUCGGGGAGGUGAUGGUGCACCAGAUGAUUCACACCAUUGAGUUUGUGCUGGGCGCCGUAUCCAACACGGCCUCCUACCUGCGUCUCUGGGCUCUCAGCUUGGCGCAUGCCGAGCUUUCGGCUGUCUUCUUUGAGCGAGUGCUGCUUCCAGCAUUUGAGUAA